AUGCGUUCGGUUGGUCGGGGAAAUGAGCUAAGAAGUGGAAACAUUGUAUCAGACGGCAAUAUGAGGACCGAAACCGAUACACAUACGAAUUCCGUUACAAAUCCAUCAUCCAUGGGCAAUUCUGCUAUCCAAAUUCAAGUAAAUCAGGGGUUAAUAAGUACAGAUUCUGCUGAUUCGCCUGUUGCAGACCAAAUAGGCAGUGAAAAUGGAUCUGCUAGAGAUGUUGUUCGUUGCCUAUUGCCGCAUGUUGAUCUACCGGAAAACCUUUCUGAGGAAGAUUUAUAUCGAAUUAUUCGAAAGAUUUUAUACAGUGAACGUCCUAGACGCGCAAAAUUGCCUGAAUACAAUUCAUUUGAUGAUGCGGUUGAACUUUUUAAAAGAUGCAGUCGUAUUUUGGUUUUGACAGGUGCUGGCGUUUCUGUAUCCUGCGGUAUACCUGACUUCCGGAGUAAAAACGGCAUAUAUGCACGACUUCACAUCGAAUAUCCAGAUCUUCCAGAUCCAACUGCUAUGUUUGAUAUCAAUUAUUUCAGUAGAAAUCCGAAACCGUUUUUCGAAUUUGCUAGGGAAUUAUUUCCUGGUCGCUAUGAAGCUUCGAUGUGCCAUUACUUCAUCAAGGCACUCGAAGAUAAUGGGAAAUUGCUGAGAAAUUACACUCAAAAUAUUGAUACUUUGGAGCAGAUAGCUGGAAUCAAGCGAAUUGUGCAAUGCCAUGGAUCAUUUGCAACGGCGACAUGUCGAAAUUGUGGUUUGAAAGUCGAUAGCGAAGCCAUUCGAGAGGACAUUGACUCUGGGCGUGUUGCGAUGUGUCGAAUAUGCAGUCAUCCAGAAGGAGUUAUGAAACCUGACAUAGUUUUUUUCGGUGAAGAUCUCUCUGAUGAUUUCCAUGAAAAAAUGGCCGAGGAUAGAGAAAGGGUUGACUUGGUCGUAGUUAUUGGUUCAUCUCUGAAAGUACAACCAGUUGCACUUUUGCCAUACAAUGUUAGUCCCGAAGUACCACAGAUACUCAUCAAUCGUGAAUCUUUACCUCAUUAUGCUAGCGAUAUCGAGUUGUUGGGUAAUUGCGAUGAUAUUGUGGCCCAGUUAGCUUUGGUUUUGGGUCCUCCUUACACCGAUAUUUUCAUAAAAGGUCGUUCUAAAACAAAUAGCGAUCCUACCUCAGUCGAAGAAAUUUACGAGAAAACAACUCUUCGGAAGGCUAUCAACGAAAUGCAAUUCAAAAAGUUAUUAGAGCAGCCUGCAAUUAAACGAGCAAGACUGAAGGAAGGAAUGCCUUCAAUGUGGGAUGCACGAUAUGUUAAUGUGGGAUCGAAACUUCCUAUUGAUGGUUAUCUUUUUAUAGUACCGAACAAAAAUAUAUUCCCUGGUGCGGAAAUGUAUUACGAUAAAGACGACGAUAUAUUUCGUCAGCUUUCGGAGCACUACCAUAGUUCACCUGCAUCAAGUAGUUCAGAGUCCGAAGAAAGUGAAACAAAUCAAGAGGAAGUUUACUGUAAUUUUGGCGUUAGAACAAUGUCGUUGGAAGAAGCUCUUCCUGUAAGAUCUAGUAGUGAGAAUGAUGAGAGAUCUAGCUCUUGUCCUCCAAGAAUGAAUCUGGAAGAUAAAUAUAACGCUGAAAGUUCAUGUGCAGGAAACAGAUUAAGCGUACGAUUGGAGCCUUACUUGCAAACAAUCACUGUUCAGACGGGAGAGGAUGCUACACAUGAUUUGAUCAGGACCAGUAGUUCUAAUCACUUAUUUUUAUAA